AUGGCUGACGAUCCGCCACGUAACGAAGGUGCCGGUAUGAGGCCAUGUCACAACAGUCCACGAAGACUUGCUCAUCUUGCAAGACCUCCCAGAGGUGCAAGACAGACGGAGAUGAAAACCGGUCUCUUGCAACUGUUAUAUGCUAACCCUUUUACAGGUUUAUCACAUGAAGAUCCAUACAAUCAUUUGGUGAAGUUCUAUGAAAUAGCCGGUUCACUUGGAGCCCCUGAAGCGGAGGAGGAAGCGGUGUUUAUGAGAAUGUUCCCUCAUUCAUUGAUAGGGAAAGCCAAAGAUUGGUACCUUGAUUUGCCGGCUCAAGUUAUGACGAAUUGGAAUACAUUGGAGGAAAAGUUUCUUGAUCGAUUCUUUCCGCAUCACAAGUUUAUGGAGUCAAAGACAUCAAUCGCGGUGUUUUCUCAAGGUUCCAAUGAGACUCUAUGUGAAGCAUGGGAUCGAUACAAAGCAAUGCUGCGUAAAUGCCCUAAUCAUGGAUUUGAUGAACUAACCCAAAUUCAUAUUUUUAGAAAUGGUCUUUUGCAGGAUUCAAAGCUUCUUUUAGAUGCAACAGCAGGUGGUUCUCUUUUAUCAUUAAGUGCUGCAGAUGCUACGACUAUCAUUGAAAAAAUGUCACUUAGUGAUCGACAAAGUGAACGCAGCAAAACUCAAAAGAAGCCUGGGAUUCUUGAACUUGAUCCAUCAGAUGCUGUAUUGGCUCAAAAUAAGCUUCUUACCAACACGGUGGAGGAGUUAUCCAAACAAAUGUCAAAGUUGAUGACUCUUCAAGAAGGAUCGGGGAAAGCAAAGCAAGUAGCAUCUUGUGAAUUAUGCACCGGAGAUCAUCCAACUGGUCAUUGUCCUCCAUCUCAUGAAGAGGUGAACUUCAUGGCAAAUCAACAAAGACAGGGUCAGUAUCCGAAUAAUGCUGGCUAUCAAAGGGGAAACAACUCAAACUAUGGUCAAGGUUGGAGACAAGAUGUUGGCUCAUCAAAUAGGCAAAGACAAUAUGAAAGCUACAGUCAACCACUGGUACAACAAACUCAAAAUUCAAAUUUGGAAGAAGCUUUGAGAUCAUUCAUAGAGACGCAGACCAAACAGAAUCAACAACAAAAUUUGAUGAAUCAACAACAAAAUCAGUUUGUGCAAGAAACUCAAGUCUACCAAAGAGGCAAUGAUGCGGUGUUAAGAAAUCUUGAGACUCAGAUUGGUCAAAUAGCAAAAGAAAUGGCCAAUAACAAAAAUCAAGGAGGAUCAUUUGCAGCCAACACCGAACCGAAUCCAAAAGAACAAUGCAAGUCAAUUACAACAAGAAGCGGUAAGGAAGUUGGCAAGGGAAUAGGUGAUAAUUUGAGGAAGGAAGAGGAGGUUAUGAGACGAGCAGAUGAAGAGGAGGAAGGAGAAAAGAAGGGAGAGAAGGAGGUUGAAGUGAGAAAAGAAAAGAGUAGUUUACCUCAACAUCUGUCAUAUCCACAUGCUCCAUCAAAGAAGGAUAAAGAAAGGCAGUAUGCAAGGUUUAUGGAUAUCUUUAAAAGAUUGCAAAUCAACAUUCCAUUCUCCGAAGCCUUAGAGCAGAUGCCAACAUAUGCAAAAUUUAUGAAAGAAAUCCUUACCAAAAAGAGGAAGUACAAUGAUGAUGAAGUCAUUCAACUUGAUGCAAGCUGUAGCGCUAUUAUCCAACGAACUCUUCCGACAAAAGAAAAAGAUCCGGGAAGAGUCACGUUGCCGGUUACCAUUGGUAAUGUGAAUGUUGGAAAAGCUCUUAUUGAUUUAGGGUCAAGCAUAAAUCUUAUUCCGUUAUCAGUGAUCCAACGGGUUGGUGGUCUUGACAUCACACGUACAAGAAUGACAUUGCAACUUGCUGAUAAAUCCAUCACUCGUCCGUCGGGAAUGGCUGAAGAUGUUCUUGUAAAAGUUGAUAAGUUUAUGUUCCCUAUAGACUUUGUGGUGAUGGACAUUGAAGAGGAUGAUGAUGUUCCGUUAAUUCUUGGAAGGCCGUUCAUGAAAACAGCUCGUAUGAUGAUUGAUAUUGAUGACGGGGUGAUGAAAGUUCGAGUUCAAGAUGAGGAGGUUAGUUUUAAUUUGUGGGAAGCUAUGAAGCAUCCACAUGAGAAAGAUAUGUGCUUCAAACUUGAUGCAACUGAAGAAGCCAUAUUAGAUGUAAGAAAGCAAGCACAUAGACCUUCAUCUCUUGAACAGGCCUUGACAGAUGCUUUCGAAGCACUUGACCCCGAGAAAGAAGAAGAGAUUGAGGACUUCUUGAAGCAACUUGAUGCUUUUGAAGAAUUACCUCAACCUGAAGUAGAGAUUGACGAGUUGAAGGAGGAUGGAAAGCCGGUAGAAGUAAAACUUGAGCUGAAAACAUUACCAUCACACCUCAAGUAUGUUUUCCUUGGGGAUGACAAUCAAAAACCAGUAAUAAUCAGCAGUUCUCUAUCAAAAGGUGAAGAAGAAAGUCUGAUUCAAGUGCUGAAAAACAACAAAGAAGCAAUAGGAUGGGCAUUAUCCGACUUGAAAGGUAUUAGUCCAUCUUAUUGUAUGCAUAGUAUCAUGAUGGAGGAUGAUUAUAAACCAGUUGCACAGCCCCAACGUCGUUUGAAUCCAACAAUGAAGGAGGUUGUAAGAAAAGAAGUGGUGAAAUUACUUGAAGCUGGUAUGAUUUAUCCGAUUUCCGACAGUGCUUGGGUUAGUCCAGUCCAGAUGGUUCCAAAGAAAGGAGGAAUGACAGUGAUUACAAAUGACAAAAAUGAAUUGAUUCCAUCAAGAACCGUCACCGGGUGGCGGAUGUGUAUAGAGCUGUAA